CCUCUUCCUUGGCUCUGUUGGCUUUAUAAGCAAAGACAGAAGACUCCUGGAAUAGCAGCAGCGGAUCAACUCCACCCACAAGCAGCUUCUCUCUACAACUCCAGCUGAGGUGCAUCCACACCACAGACACUAUAGCCUGGCUGCCUCACAGUGCUUCAAACUAUCAUCAAAAUGUCUGACCAAGGAGCUACUCCUACCCCUUCCACUGCUCCCCCUCCUACCAUCGGGCGUCCUCCCAAGGUGGACAGCCGGGGUCGAACCUCAGGUCCCAUCGAUAGCUCCAACCUUGAAGCUAAGGACAUCCCAGAGAUAGAGUACUUUGCAGCCCCUGGUCCGAGAGGAUACCCUCCAAUGACAGGAUUCCUGGACAUCUGGGAUGUGGACAUGAUGAAGGGGCAAAAUGAGAGCAAUAAGAUCGAUCACCACACCAACCUGUACCACUCUGACAAUCUCAUCGUCCGCCGGGGUCAAGAGUUCCAGGUCAAGAUCACUUUCAACCGUCCGUACAAACCUAACGAGGACAAGAUUGCUGUUGAGUUUGUCAUUGGCUCCAACCCUCAGUACAGCAAGGGCACCUAUAUUCCUGUGUUUCCCACCAAGGCCCGUCAGAGCAACUGGGGAGGCCGCAUCACACAGACCAAUGAAAAUGUGAUCACCAUGGGCAUCACUCCAGCAGCCAGCUGCAUUGUGGGGAAAUAUCACUUGUAUAUUGCAGUGCAGACGCCUUUUGGCAUUCGCAGGACAAAGCGGGAGAACAGCCGAGAUUUAUAUAUCCUUUUCAAUCCUUGGGCAGCAGAUGAUGCUGUGUUUCUGUAUGAUGAGGAAGAGAGGCAAGAGUGCGUGAUGAAUGAGAUGGGGAUCAUCUAUCACGGCGCUUACGACGACAUUUCUGAGAGAAACUGGAACUAUGGACAAUUCAACUAUGGAGUCCUGGAUGCUUGUCUGUACAUCAUGGACAGGUCUGAGAUGCCAAUCACCAAUAGAGGAGACCCCAUUAAGGUGACAAGAAAGGCCUCUGCCAUGCUGAACUCUCAUGAUGAUGAGGGCGUGUUGGUGGGGAACUGGAGUGGUGACUACACCUACGGAGUGGCGCCCACUUCCUGGACCGGCAGCACUGACAUCCUGCUCAGCUACGCUAGCAGCAAGAUGCCCGUGAGCUACGCUCAGUGCUGGGUCUAUGCUGCUGUCUUCAAUACCUUCCUGCGCUGUCUGGGUAUCCCAUCCAGGGUUGUCACCAACUACUACUCUGCUCAUGAUAACGAUGGAAACCUGAAGAUAGACAUAAUCCUGAACGAUAAUGGCAGAAUUGAUCGAAACCGCACCAAGGAUUCUAUCUGGAACUAUCACUGCUGGAAUGAAUGCUACAUGUCCAGACCAGACCUCCCUCCAGGUUUUGGAGGCUGGCAGGUUGUGGAUGCAACACCACAAGAAACCAGCGACGGAAUGUACAGAUGUGGACCUGCAUCAGUCCUGGCCAUCAAACAUGGAGAGAUUUGCUUCCCAUUUGAUGCAGCCUUUGUGUUUGCUGAGGUCAACAGUGACGUCGUGUUUUACUCACGGAAGAACGACGGGACCAUGGAGCCGGUCAAAGUGAACCAAACUCACGUGGGUCGCAUGGUUUUGACAAAAGCUGCUGGAAGCGAGGGUCGUCGAGACCUCAUUGAUCAAUACAAGUUUCCUGAAGGGAGCCCAGAGGAGCGGACUGUCCUGGAAAAGGCAGAGGGGUUCGGCUGUAAACGGGAGAAGUCCACCCCCCCUGUGGCUGAUGUGGACGUGGUGCUGCCCACCCUGGAGAUCAGUGUUGGUGAUGACUUUGAGUUAAGUGUGGAGUUCAUAAACUGCAGCGACCAGAAGCGCACCGUGGAUGCCUACAUCAGUGGGAGUGUGGUGUAUUAUACUGGAGUCUCCGGCAAAGAGUUCCUGUUAAAGACCCCCACUGUGACCAUUCAGGCCCAAAAGAGCGUGAAGGAGUUGAUGACAGUUGAGUCGAGGAGCUACAUGGAUCAUCUGGUGGAUCAGGCUAACCUCCACUUCAUUGUCACUGGGAAGAUCAGAGAAACUGGCCGCAUCGUGACUGCCAUGAAAGUCAUCGCCCUGCACAAUCCCAAACUCACUGUCGAGCUGACUGGCAGCGGCAAAUUGAACGAAGAGAUGAUGGCCACUGUGCAGUUUACAAACCCCUUCUCCAUCAACCUCGAGAGCGUCUACCUCCGCAUGGAAGGACCAGGAGUCAUGGAGCCCAAAUCUAGAUAUUAUAGUCUGAUCCCAGGAGGCUCCUCUCUGACCUGGACUGAACCGUUUACCCCACAGAGGGCUGGCAAAACCAGACUGUUUGCUACUCUGGAUUGUUCUGGUCUCAGACAGGUCUGCGGCCAGGCAUCCAUCACCAUCGAUGUCUGAAGACAACCAAAAGAUUACUGAUAGUUAAAGCAUACGGUGCUGUGCAAAAGCUUAAAAACAGUCCUAAUUUCUUUAUAAUUAGCUGAAAUAAGUAAAAAAGCAACCAUGGUCUGGAGAAAAGCUUCAGAAAGCAUGGAUGACUUUUAAUAUGGGCACCUUUACAAGAUGACAAUCUCUCAAAACAUGAAUAAACAUGAUAGAUGACUCAAAAUGUUUUUACAGAUACGUACUUCAGCGUAAUUAUUGACAUAUAGCAUAGAAAUAUAAGACCUCAGUAAGAAUAGCUUUAGCAUCUAUAUUAACAGUGAUGGAUGUUUGAACAUAUUGAAAACGCUAAUUAGUCAUAAAAAUAGCCAGUGUAGUCAGAUGCCUUAUACACAGGAAAGUACAGUCAGAAAUAGAUUUUAAAAAUAAAUGAGAUUUUUACCAUUAACAUAAUGAAAAUUCACAAACAAUUUAUAAAUCUUUACCAUAUUUGCUUCUAGCGCCAUUUUUAAGUGUUUUCAUUUGGCCACUGGAGGGCAAAAUAACUGACAAGAAAAAGACAAAUUUAGCAUUUACAUCUCAUUGCACAUGUUAACAGGAAGUGUUGUCUUUUUCACUAUGCAGCAAACUAUAGUAGGUUGUUAUAUACAAUCUCUAUGCAUAUCAGAGCUUCCAAUUUAUUUUCUAUGUGCUUGCUACAACACAAAGAGUUUUCAAAUACUGAAUACAUAUAAUAAAUGUAAAACAGACAAAAAGUAUUUUAUAUUUUCGUCAUCGCAUUUAAUUUCAUAUUUUUAAUAUACAUCAAAGCUGCAGUAGGGCGUUCUGAGAAAACCUGGACUGAAAAUUUGAACAAGCACACCUCACAGGUCCCUCCCCCUUGCUCUCUGCUGUGCUACAGCCCUCCCUCCACAGCUCCUCCCGCACAAAGGAGCCUGCGGUGAACGCACAGCUUGGUCAUCGGUCUUCUUCUGCAGUUUUCCAGUAACGUUAUGUUGUUUAUCUGCCAUUAGCACAGCUGCAGCAUACCGGCAAUCUUUGACUUGAACGACGGUACACUGUGGAGGGAGGGGUGUGAGCAAUGCUUACACAAGCAUGAUUGACAAUGCUAAGACAUUCUUCCUGGCUCUGAUUGGUUGUUUCUGACAGGGAGCGGUGUAUUUCUGCAAAUUGCAGUAGGACCACUGAGAGGAGCCAGAGGAGCUUGAUUUUUUUCACAGAUUAUCUGUCUCACAUUCUACUGUCAGGACAUAGUGACACUUUUAACAAAUAUGUAGAAAAAUUAACUGUUACAAAAGUUAUCUACUGCAGCUUCCAAGUACCCCCAUUCAUACUUCUCUGUAUUUCUAUACAGUCAACCCUAUAUUUAAAUAAAUCAUUGUUAACAGCUGUCACUGUUUUUCCUUUACCUGGGAAUUAAUAGACAAAUCAAACUAAUAAAAUAUUAACAUCA